AUGUUCAAAAGGGUUGGGCUUAUUGCUGGUAUUGCUGGUCCGGUCGCUGGAAGCUCCCGUUUUUCGGCGGUGAGUUUCUCAAAGAGAGCGUUUUCUGCCUCAAGUAAGAGAUGUACUUAUGAGGAAGAGAGAGCAGUAUUGGACGAGAUUCAACCUUUACUAUCGGAGAAGGAUAUCGACGCAUCCAAGAAGUUACGUAACAUUGGUAUUUCUGCGCAUAUUGAUUCUGGUAAGACCACUUUCACCGAACGUGUGUUGUAUUACACAGGUAGAAUUAAGGCCAUUCACGAAGUGAGAGGCCGUGAUAAUGUUGGUGCUAAAAUGGACUCGAUGGAUUUGGAAAGAGAGAAGGGUAUUACCAUUCAAUCUGCUGCUACUUACUGUUCUUGGGAUAAGGACAACGAAUCUUAUCAUUUCAAUUUGAUCGAUACUCCAGGUCACAUUGAUUUCACUAUCGAAGUGGAACGUGCGUUAAGAAUCUUGGAUGGUGCUGUGUUAGUUGUGUGUGCUGUUUCUGGUGUUCAAUCUCAAACAGUAACUGUGGAUCGUCAAAUGCGUAGAUACAAUGUCCCAAGAGUUACUUUCAUCAAUAAGAUGGAUCGUAUGGGUGCUAAUCCUUUCAGAUCUAUUGAACAAAUCAACAAUAAGUUAAGAAUUCCAGCUGCUGCCAUUCAAGUUCCUAUUGGUGCUGAAUCUGAAUUGAAGGGUGUUGUCAAUAUUAUUGAUAGAGUUGCCAUCUACAACGAGGGUAGCAAUGGUGAAAAACUUGUUACCGGCCCAGUUCCAGAAGAUUUAAAGGAUUUGGUUGAGGAAAAAAGAGCUUUAUUGAUCGAAACUUUGGCUGAUGUCGAUGAUGAGAUCGCAGAAAUCUUUUUGGAGGAAAAGGAACCUUCCGUUGAUGAAAUCAAAGCUGCUAUUCGUAGAGCCACUAUUGCUAGAAAGUUCUCUCCUGUCCUGAUGGGUUCCGCUUUGGCUAAUACUGGUAUUCAAAAUGUUUUAGAUGCUAUCGUGGAGUACUUACCAAAUCCAUCUGAGGUUUUGAACACUGGUCUCGACAUAGCUAAGGAUGAAACCAAGGUCAAUUUGAUUCCAUCUUCUACUCAACCAUUUGUUGGUUUGGCCUUUAAAUUGGAAGAAGGUAAAUAUGGUCAAUUGACAUAUAUUCGUGUCUACCAAGGUAAAAUGAGAAAAGGUGGCUACAUCACCAACGUUAAGACCGGUAAAAAAGUUAAGAUUUCUCGUUUAGUGAGAAUGCAUUCCAAUGAUAUGGAAGAUGUUGAUGAAGUUGGAGCUGGCGAAAUAUGUGCCACUUUUGGUAUCGACUGUUCUUCCGGUGAUACCUUCACAGAUGGUACCUUGAAGUAUUCCAUGUCCUCUAUGUUUGUUCCUGAUGCCGUUAUCUCUUUGUCUAUCACUCCAAAAAGUAAAGAUUCCACAAACUUUUCAAAGGCUUUAAAUCGUUUCCAAAAAGAAGAUCCUACUUUCAGAGUCAGAUUCGACCCAGAAUCUAAGGAAACUGUUAUCAGCGGUAUGGGUGAAUUGCAUUUGGAAAUCUACGUAGAAAGAAUGAGGCGUGAAUAUAACGUUGAAUGUGUUACUGGUAAACCACAAGUUUCUUACAGAGAAUCUAUUCAAUCUUCUGCCGAAUUCGAUUACACUCACAAGAAACAAUCAGGUGGUGCUGGUCAAUACGGUAGAGUUAUGGGUAAUUUGUCUCAUAUUGAAAAUUCCAAUACCAACAACUUUGAAACUGCUAUCGUUGGUGGUCGUAUUCCGGAUAAGUAUUUAGCUGCCUGUGCCAAGGGAUUCGAAGAAGCCUGUGAAAAGGGUCCAUUAAUUGGCCACAGAGUGCUCGGUGUUAAUAUGUUAAUCAACGAUGGUGCUAUUCAUGCUGUUGAUUCCAACGAAUUGGCCUUCAAAACCGCUACUAUGGCCGCAUUCCGCCAAGCAUUUUUGGAAUCUCAACCAGUCAUCUUGGAACCAAUCAUGAACGUCUCUGUCACUUCUCCAAACGAAUUCCAAGGUAACGUCAUCGGUUUGAUGAACAAGUUGCAAGCUGUCAUUCAAGAUACUGAAAAUGGUCAAGACGAGUUCACCAUCACUGCUGAAUGUCCAUUGAACACAAUGUUCGGUUUCGCUACGUCUUUGAGAGCAUCUACUCAAGGUAAAGGUGAAUUCUCGUUGGAAUUCAAGCACUAUGCGCCAGCUUCGCCACAGCUACAAAAGCAAUUGAUUGCGGACUAUCAAAAGAAGCAACAACAGAAAUGA